AUGAUUUACGAUCACCUUACUGCUGACAAUAUAACAGUAAGUACAUCUGCCUGGAUCGGCAUUGCUGCAACACCCUUGAAAGGUGGUAAAACUUUUCACAGUAUAUUCAAGCUUCCAUUUCCUUUGUGUGAAACAAGUGUGUGCCAUGUUCCACCAAAUUCUAUUCAAAGAAACAUUCUUAGGCAAGUAAAAGUCUUCAUUAUUGACGAAGCUUCAAUGAUAUCAGUUUAUGCUUUGAAAGCUAUAGAUAAUUGUUUAAGAGAUAUUAUGAAUAGUAAUAGUAUAUUUGGUGAGAAAACUAUCAUGCUAGGAGGAGAUUUUAGACAAGUUCUUACAGUUGUUCCCAGAGCUCCUCCUGCAGCUGUACUUGAUGCCUGCCUCAAACACUCUUCUAUGUGGGAUAAUUUUCAUCAAAUGCAACUUACACAAAACAUGUGA